UAUAAAUACUUGAUUUUGUAUUACUCUCAUGUUGUUAUACUUGCCUAGAGAACAGUAUCACAUAAGCAGCAGCAGCAACACAUGCAUGCAACAGUUACUACUGCAAAGACAGAACAGAAGAUGAUGAUCAUUCUUCAGAUAGUAUUCAUAGCAGUUGCAGCUAUUACUGCUAUAUCAGGACAGUGUACGAUAGGAGAGACAGUGCAACCAACAGAGGCCUUCAUCACGAAUGGCCAAUACGUCAAUCUCAAUGAUCCAGCAACAUGCAGUGGCAACCUCACAGCUUGGCAUUUCUGCUACUACAGAUCCAGUAUCGAUACAGGCUCUUCAAUGUACAACAUCUACUUGCGAGUCUGGAGAAAUGUACAGGGGAACACAUACAAUCUAGUGUCAAGCGCAGCAGUCAGAGGAAGUCCAAAUCUAAAUGCAGGAGAUGUGAUUUGUAUAGAUGCCUUAAUAGCAGAGGAUCAGUAUGUACAAGUCGAGCAAGGAGAUGUUAUAGCAGUGUAUAUACCAUUUACAAUCCCAACAGUAUCAAUAUUGGCCUCACAGCCGGCUGUGGUCCAAGAGCUACAUCAAGACACGAGGGGAAGUGCUGCAUUUACUGCUACAGAGUUCAGCAGGAAUGAUUUGAGGUUAGAAAGCACCUACGGAUUGCAUCUCCAAGCUGACAUAUCCUCAGGCACUGCAAUUACCUCAACACCGACUACAAUGAGCACUAUCACUACAGAAUCAACCACGGUCACAGUAACAACUACCGUACGACCAACUACCAUGGCAACCACUACCAUGGUAACAACAACAAUUGGAGCGACAACCAUACAUCCUACUACUAUGGGUUCGACAUCACCCGAUUCUGAAAGUACCACGAGCGAUAUUGAAACUGAAUUUGCACCUGAAGGUACGGCUGCACCUGCUGCUGACAAUGGUGGUACUGUGGCAGCUGUUGUUAUUGUGGUGCUACUGUUGGUGCUAGGAGUUGCUAUAGGUCUCACACUGUUUCUUGUUUGCUAUCUGAAUAGAAAACAUGGCUCCUUUAAAGGCUGCCUACAAAGCAGUAAAACCAGUUUAUUGGCCAUAGACAACCUGAUUUACAGAGUGGGAUCAAAUCGUAUUCCUGUUCAAGUACCCAAGAAAAACAGUAGAUCCACUUCAAAUGCAAGCUCUCAACAAUAUGACAUACCUAAAGACAGACACAAUCGAACACUGUACGAUAUUCCACACAACAAUACUCCCUCUAUCCACGAGAGCCAAAACUACUCGGUAGUGCGACCAUUCUCACAGUCAAUCAGUACGGUACAUUCUGUUAGUGGCGGGCAGAAUAUUGAAGCUCAAAAUGGACACGUAGUGGACACACUAUUACGGAGCACAGCUACUGGGGAUUACAUCUUCAUGGGUAAUAAUGAACAAUUAGAGGAACCGGGAAACGAGCAAGAUGUGCAAUCUCAGGGUGGACAAGGUGGCAGCCACGACGAUGAAGCCUACAUCUACCUGACUUACGGUACUGUGGAGUAUCACAAACUACUCAGUCAGGCUACAGAUGGAGAUAAUGAAACUGAAGGUCCAUUUCAUUCCCCACCAUCAAGCGAGGAAGAAAUCUACGUCGUCCUAUCCGAACAGCACAUCAAAGUCAUCCCAAGAAAAGCCAUACAGAUUGAACAACGCUUGGGAUCAGGCCAUUUUGGAAAUGUGGACAAAGGAACUUGGAACGGGUCUAAAGGUACUCUACAGGUGGCAGUUAAAAGUCUGAACAAGAAUGCUUCACAAAAUGACAAAGUUAGACUGCUUCAAGAAGCCGCCAUCAUGGGGCAAUUUAAACACCCUAACAUCACACACCUACACGGGAUUGUCACACAAGGGGAACCACUUCUAUUACUAAUGGAGUAUAUGCCCAAAGAAGAUCUGAAAAAAUACCUUGGGAAACUGAGGCCAGCGCCAAAUAAUCUCAUAACAGCUGGUGUGCCUUACCUUCUAGUAAGCUUCUCUCAACAAGUUGCUCUAGGGAUGCAUUAUCUGGCCAGCAAAGGAUUUGUGCACAGAGACCUGGCUGCGAGGAAUGUUUUUAUUUCUGCAGAGGACACAUGCAAAAUUGGUGAUUUUGGGAUGUCGAGAGAUUUGUCUGAGAACGGGUGUUACACUGGCCGAGGAGGGAAAGUCCCUCUCAAGUGGAUGGCCCCUGAGGCGAUCCACAGGAGGAAAUACUCUAUUGCCAGCGAUGUGUGGAGCUAUGGAUGUGUGCUCUUCGAGAUAUGGAGUCUGGGGAGAAAACCAUUCAGAGGCAUUGAGACUAAGAAGACACUGAAUCUUAUCGAUACUGGUUACCGUCUCCCUCCACCCCCUGGCUGUCCCUUCAUCAUCUAUGACCUCAUGAUAAAGUGCUGGCAUCCAGUGGCUGGCGCACGCCCCAAGUAUCGUGAUAUUCUCACUAGCCUCCUUCAGGAGGAGACGAAGGUAUUGGACGUCCCGGUGGAAGAUGCCUCCACUCACCCCGAGGCUUGUCUCCUUGGAGCGUCCAUUGAAGCUGGGACAGGAAUGUACCUUGGUCUACAGCAGUGUUAUAAUCCUGACGCUUCGGACAAGAAUGACCCUGACUAUGAGUAUGGGGAAACAGAUUAAACAAUUCAUAUAAAAACAUUGCAUUUAGAAAUAAUUAUUGUGUUUUUAUAACUAUACUAACCAACUGAUCUACUGACAUCAUAUUAAUUUUAAGAAUAAUAAUUAUAC